AGAAAAGUCUUGCAUAGCAUAGAUUGAAGGGUUUAAAGGAUUUUUACAUGAAGGUAGUCUUCAAAGAAAAUAUUGGAUGGGCACAAGGUGAAAUUUUAUAUUAACUCUUAAAGGAUUUGGCUUUGAGUUGAGGUAAUUUCCCAUCCAAAUGCUGAAUUCUGAUGGCUCUUUUUCAUUAAUUAUCUCUUCUUUUAGAAUUUUAGAGUUUAAAAUGGCCUUUACAGCUUAUGUAAUCUAAUCUUCUCUAUUUAUUCAUUUUAUGACCUCAGGCCAGUCACAUAAACCUUUCCAAGCCUAAGUUUUUUCAUCUGUAAAAAUGAGGGACUUCCAUGUACCUCCUUGUUACAAAGAUAGGUUAAAAUAAUUUUUAAGAAUUUCUACAAUUCAUAGUGACAAACUGAAUGGACUAUCCAAAGUUUAUAAGAAAUAUAUGCCUGAAUUUGGGCUAGAAUCUGAUGUCUUAAAUUUUAAUCCAGUAUUUCCAUACUGUCAUGGUUGGGACUUCUUUCUGUAUUAGUGACCUUUUUCCUUGUUUUCUUUGCAGUUUCCAAUUUGAUGCGGGCUGGGAAACAAAAGCACAAGCUUUACUCAUUCAGUUCAUGCUUAUUAAGCAUUGCUAGGUUCCAGGUAUAGUGGUAGGUAUAGGAAAAUAGAUGAAUUCUGUUCUUAGGAAGUUUGGUGUCUAGAAGUAGAAAAUAGACCUUAAAAAAUCAAAUAAAAUGUAUAGACAAAUGUGAAUGAUGUAAAGAGGAUUUAAGCAGCAUAUUUUAGAAGGGGGACAUCUGGGGUCAAAGUCUUUAUAGAGUAGGUGAACAAAGGAGAGAUGACAGUCACUAACUGGAAGGAAUUGGGAUAUGAGUAUGGCAGGCUUAAUUUUGCUUGGGAGUUUUGCAUGGAAGGUGAUGUCACUGUGGACCAUCCUUUGAUGAGAUUGAAGGUAUAGUUUAUCUUCUCUGAAACCAGGAUUCCAGAGGAUCCAGUGGGAUAGACUCAGGAGAGGAAGUCAGUGGAUAGGAAGCACACAAAAACAUCUUAAGAGAAGGCCAUGCUGUUAGUAUCCUCUUUGCUCUCUAUUGUGUUGACAGAUUGUAGAUAAUUACUUUUCAGCUCGUGUAACAGCUUUUCGAGAUUGUCCCCAUCUGACUAUUGUAAUCAGCUAUCCUUUUUUAUAUCAUAAUUUAUUAAUGAAUUGAACUGGAUCAUUAUUUCAUUCUUGUUUAUUCCAUGAGGUUGAACCUCUCAACAGCAUAGCCUGAGACUGCUUUAAUCCUGCAUGAAUAUUCAGUGAACAUUGAAAAUGGUACCGAAGUUGAAGAAAUUAUAAUUUGGUAUAAUAUAUAAGCUUUUAAUUCUCUUAAUAUUUAAUGUCUUUGUGUGUGUGUGUGUAUGUGUGUAGGUUAAAUGUAUCUUUAGAAUACAGUACGAAGAGGUCUUGUAUAUUCAAAGGCCUAUUGAAGAGGACAGAAGAAAAUUUUUCCAAGAACUGAUUCUCAAUCAGGCCUCAAUGGCUCCACCACGAAGGAAACACACUGGGGCUAUUUAGAAAUCAGCAAGAAUACUUAGAAUUUUAAUCCUGAGCUUCAGUGUGAUACCAGCAAAAUCUUUUAAGGAAUUAGAGAGCAUUAUGAUUAGGUCUUUGUGCAAUGGAGGUACUUCCACUUGCGUUACCUUCUCCACCUCGUCAGUUAUCAGAAUCAGAGAAAAUUCGGAUGGAGGACCAAGAGGAAAAUACUUUAAGAGAGUUGCGGUUGUUUCUCAGGGAUGUAACCAAGAGGCUGGCGACAGAUAAACGCUUUAACAUCUUCAGCAAACCGGUGGAUAUUGAAGAGGUUUCAGAUUAUCUUGAAGUAAUCAAGGAACCAAUGGACUUAUCAACAGUAAUAACUAAAAUUGAUAAGCAUAAUUACCUGACUGCUAAGGAUUUCCUAAAAGAUAUUGACCUCAUCUGUAGCAAUGCUUUGGAGUACAAUCCAGAUAAGGAUCCAGGAGACAAAAUAAUUAGGCACAGGGCUUGUACUCUGAAGGAUACUGCACAUGCCAUCAUUGCAGCUGAGUUGGAUCCAGAAUUUAAUAAACUCUGUGAAGAAAUUAAGGAAGCAAGAAUAAAAAGAGGCUUAUCAGUAACAGUAGAACAAAUAAAUCCUCAUGGUACUGGAGCUCGAAAGACAGAAACUAGAGUUGAAGAGGCAUUUCGGCACAAACAAAGAAAUCCAAUGGAUGUCUGGCACAGUUCUGCAAAUAAAUGUGCAUUUCGAGUUCGGAGAAAAUCACGGCGGCGAUCACAGUGGGGUAAAGGAAUUAUUAAGAAAAGGAAAGUCAAUAAUUUAAAAAAAGAUGAAGAGGACACCAAAUUUACUGACUAUGAGAAUCAUAUGGAGGACAGGAAAUUACUGGAAAAUGGAGAGUUUGAGGUAAGCACUGACUGCCAUGAAGAAAAUGGAGAAGAGACUGGAGACUUAUCUAUGACCAAUGAUGAAUCAUCCUGUGACAUCAUGGACAUGGACCAGGGGCAGAGGCUUAACAAUGGAGCAAGCACAAAAGAGAACUUUGCAUCUACCGAAGAGGAAAGUUCAAAUGAGUCUCUACUCAUCAACAGCAGCAGUUCUCUAAAUCCAGAACAGAUGUCUCGGAAAGAGCCUUUCCUUAAAGGAGGCUGUCUAAAUGGUGAGGCCUCCACAGAUAGUUUUGAAGGAAUACCAGUUCUGGACUGUCAGAAUGGCAAAGCUGAAGUAGUUUCUUGCUGUGGCAGUGGAUAUAAAUGUAGUUCUGAACAAAAGAUUCUCCUGGAGGACCAGUCAAAAGAAAAACCAGAAACUUCAAAUGAAAAUCAUGGAGAUGAUCCUGAGAAACUAGAGGCACUGGAAUGUAGCACUAAUGAGAAGUUAGAGCCUGGCCCUGAUGUGGAGGUUAAAGAUGCAGAACUGGAUAAAGAAGGUGCUUCUAAAGUAAAGAAAUAUCGUAAGUUAAUUUUAGAACAGGCAAAAACAACAAGCCUGGAACUGGUUCCAGAAGAGCCAUCUGAGCCUGUGCCGCCUCUUAUAGUUGACCAUGAGAGGUUGAAGAAAUUGCUUGAUUUGUUGGUAGAUAAAAGCAACAAUCUGGCAGUUGAUCAACUUGAGAGAUUAUAUUCUCUUCUUAGUCAGUGCAUCUACCGUCACCGUAAAGAUUAUGACAAAUCACAACUUAUAGAGGAGAUGGAAAGAACAGUUCAUAUGUUUGAGACAUUCCUAUGAACCUUUCAAGAAGAGUGGUUUAUCCCCUCCAAUCUGCUCCUGACAGAGCAGUCUUCUGAGCCAUUCAAUUUCAAAUUGCACCAAUUAACGUGCAGAGCCUUGGCGUAAAGUGCUCUCUCACUCAUUCUCUCUCUGUUGAAUUUGGUGCUAUUGUCUCAGGUACCUGAAACCAACCAGCCUACAAGAACCAAACAGAACUUCAGAAACAUGUUGUAUUUUCCACAAAUAAAAAAUACAACCCCACAGAUUGGAGAUUUUGGUGCUACAGAAACUGCUCUCACUUCUGCUCCUCUUUUUGUGCACUCUUUUUUGGAGACUUCUCUCUUAGGGAGCAGACCAGCAAAUUUGAGGAAACUGGAUGGGGCAGUUCUUACUGUGUUGAAUUGUUUAAAAAAUGGGCAACCUGUUCCUUUCCCUCUCCUUUCUACCCCUUUUAUCAUAUUUGUUUUAUUUUUUUCUCUGGGUAAUGGACUAAAGCCUGUUUUGAAAUUGGUAUAUUCUGGUGGGAAACUGAAAAAACUGGAUGAAAUUAGAUUAGGCUCUUUAGAACUGCCUUUAAUGUGCCUUUUUAUUCAUUUGAGAAAGGAUAAGGCUAAACACAAGGAUGGGCUUGUUUGUAGCAAAUGAAUUAGAAUGUUUUCUUUGGUCACAGCCCUGAAAAUAAGUUUUGAUACUCUGUAUCAUUAAGAGGCAGCCAGUGAUUUGGUAUAAAAUGCCUAUUUCGCUUUUAAAACUCAAUCAAGAAAGUUGUUAAGCUACAAAAUAUACUAAAAAUGGUAAGUUUUCCUGUAUGGUUCGUUUCUGUUUAAGAAACAUGUGAUGAAGCAACAACAAAAAAUAAUACACAAUCCAUCCAAAAAUAAAAAAACACACUCUUUUUGGUAUUGAUGACAAUGAUGGUCAGAAAAUAGAACUGCCUUCUAUUUUCUUCUGUCAGUGGUAAUUUAAUGGAUAUUCAUGUUUGAGUUCCCAGAGAAGAAUGAUUUUCAUGUAUAGCAAAUUAUUACUGUUUUGGUUUAAAGCCAGGGCUUGCCAAAUGGAAAGAAAAGAGGAAUUUUUGUCUGGGAGCUCCAUAAAAUUCUUUUUCAAUAGGCAUAGUUGCAAGUGAGCUCUGGUAUGGUCCUUGAAUAACAGUAUUAAUAUUUAAAUCCCUCAUCAUAAGCUUACCUUCACAACUAACUAUUCAUUUUGAUCAGAACCCAUUUUGGAUCUUGUUGAGUGAUUUCUGUGACUUGUACUUAUAUAAAAUUAAUUAUGGAUUACUAGUUUUACAAAAACUUUCUACAAAUUCAGAGACACAGUCUAGGCAGUUGCAAAGAGGCAAAAGGAGUGCAGUGACUUUUUUUAUCAGAUGAUUUUUAAACAAAAAAGUAGAAAAUUUUGACAAGUUGGCUUGAUGCCUUCAUUCAUUAUAGCCGUUAGCUGCACAGGUGUGUCUUUCCAAUAUAUGCAACACAUGUAGUUUGGGUUUUAAUUAGAGCAAAUGGUCUUGGACUACUGCAGAGAUACUGAGCUACCUCAGCUUUUUGUAUUUUAGUUACCAACGGUGUCUACAGAGUUCUGUAUUCACUUCACCACCGUUUACAUGCUGAAGCUAAGGUACUUGUCUUCUUGUCUCUGGCUUUGUAGGGUGCUGGAUGCCAGUGCAGAAAGCACGCUUUGGCCAAGGCUACUGCAGUAAUCUUAAGUGCUUCUUUGCAUUUACAUGAACACUUUAUGCUUUCUAACUCUAGUUUAAUUUUAAAAUAAUGCCACUUGUUUUCUUUAUACCUAUGAACUUUUCAUGAUAUUCAGUUAGUCAUAUAAUUCAAGAUGCUACCCGUGUAGACACACUGUAUUUUUAAGGUGGGCAAGUGCGAUUAACGAUGAACCAAUUUUAAAGGGGAGGUCAUUUGAAACCUCUAAUUUGAUUAUUGGGAGGAUUUUCAUGCUUUCUUUAGUAUUUAUUACCAUCAAACCAGUUCAAGCUAUUUUACUGUCUAAUACAUUAGCAUUUUGUAUUUUGAUGGAAAUUGUUACAGAAUUUAAAGAUUUGAUGAAAUAAGAUGUAGCAGAUUUUUUGUAGCAAGUUUCUGGUAAAAGGGUUUUUUGCAAGUCUCAGGUUCUUGCUGCACUAUUUUUCUUUAAAUAUUUAUUCCAGUUACUCUAAUUCAGAAGCAUUCUGUUCAAGUAACAGCAGCACUUGUGAAUGGAAAAAAAAAUGCACAUGUUCUUAGUAAGUUACUAAAUUUGUACAAGUUAAGGUUUUAGCCAUCAGUGAGUUUGACAAGGGAAAUUUAUUUAUGUUCAGCAUUAAAAUGCUUCCAAAAGAUCAAGUUUUUUAAUUUUAACCUUGAUAGAGAUAAGAGAAAUAGGAGGCAACCUCAGUAUGAUAGGAUCUGCCACUCUGAACAGUUUAGGUCUUAAAGAGAAAGCCAAUCUAAUGCCAAGGGGAGAAAAAUGAGCUGAAAUUGAACCAACUCCUCUGGCCCCUUUCCCCCUGCAAAAGAAACAUGCUAUACCAGUUUUGCUUAUUUUACAGAUAUCUGGUGGUUCUAUAAUUUAAAGCAGCUUGUGAAAUUAUCCAAGCGACUUAAUUUUGUUUACCUUUCUGUAAGUUCUUAAUUUUUGCUGUAUAGCAUUGGCAAAAAUAUGUACAAAUUGACCUCUGUUCUUAUUUCCUAUUGUGAGCAUUAUACAUUAGCUCCUGUGUAAAACCUUGCUCCCAGAUCACUAAAAUAUGUAUCACAGCCCAGCCCAACAAUAGUUAAUGCUCAGCUGUGGGGACCAUAGGAGCUUUUGAAGACGAUGGAACCGCACUAGGGUUGAAACUGAUGGCUGUGGAGUUAAUUGUGUUUUUGAGCUUGAAUCUCACCUGUGAUUAAUUUUUUUUGUUUGUUUUGUUGUCCUUUCAGUACAUCCUUUCAUGACUUGAUUUUUCUCAUAUGCCAAUGUAUUUGUAGGUUUACUGGAUUUUAUUUUUUAGGGAGUGGGGUGGUAAUAUCUUCCCAUUUUUUGAUUAAGUUGGUUCAGCUAUGGUGCUAUUCAGUAGGUAUCUUCAGUGUCAGGUCCCGUAGCUGAAUGCCAUUGUUAUUAUAAUUAUUAUUUGUAAUCACAUUGUAAGCUUGAAUUUGGACUUGUACCAACAUCUUUUGUAUUUUGUACAUUUGGUUAUUUAGACUUUGGGAGUCCUCUUUGGUUUCAUUCAUGUAUGUCUACUUUGUAGAGUAAGUAGACCUCCUCAACUAUGGUCUAUUUUUGGGUUUGUAGUUUAAUUUAGAAUUGUGUUAAGUUGAUGUUUUACAUUUGACUUCAUUUUACAUUAGUUUGAAGUAAAUUAUUUAAUUUUUGAAUUCUGGAAUUUUGAACAUUUACUGUAAUUUGUAAUAUAACUGCUGUGAAAUACUUGAAUAAAGAUGACAAGAAAAACA